ACUCGUCAUUUUUUAAAUUAUUCCAUUCACAUAAAUACAAAAAGAUUGAUAUUUUCACGAAAAUUUUCUACCAAAUCAUUAUAUUUUGCUGAUGAAUUUGAUUCAAAUGAAGAGCGAUUCAAUAAAGUUUUGAUUGCCAAUCGUGGUGAAAUAGCAUGUCGUGUAAUUCGAACAUGUAAAUCGAUGGGUAUUAAAACUGUUGCCAUUUACAGUGAAAUCGAUUCCCGGGCACUUCAUGUUCAACAUGCAGAUGAAGCUUAUUGUGUUGGACCAGCACCUUCUUCACAAAGUUAUCUAAAUGUUGAUGCUAUAUUAGAUGUGAUUAAAAAAAGUGGCACUGAAGCUGUCCAUCCUGGUUAUGGUUUCUUAUCGGAAAAUACAGAUUUUGCCAAAAAAUUAGAUGAUAUGGGCAUCGUGUUUGUCGGUCCUAAUUCACAUUCUGUACAUGCAAUGGGUGAUAAAAUUGAAAGUAAAUUGAUUGCUAAUAAAGCCAAAGUGAAUACGAUACCCGGUUUUGAAGGCAUUAUCAAAGACGCUGAACAUUGUGUUCAAUUAGCACGUGAAAUCGGUUAUCCGGUAAUGAUAAAAGCUUCAGCUGGUGGUGGCGGUAAAGGUAUGCGAAUGGCCUAUAAUGAUCAAGAAGCAUAUGAAGGAUUUCGUUUCAAAAAUGAAGCAAUUUCCAGUUUCAAUGAUGAUCGAUUAUUGAUCGAAAAAUUUAUCGAAGAACCUAGACAUAUCGAAAUACAAGUUUUAUGUGAUAAACAUGGAAAUGGAAUCCAUUUGAACGAACGUGAAUGUUCGAUUCAACGUAGAAAUCAGAAAGUAAUUGAAGAAGCACCAAGUACUUUUCUGGACCCGUCGCUACGAAAAUCAAUGGGCGAACAAGCAAUAGCAUUGGCCAAAAAUGUUGGAUAUGAUUCAGCCGGAACGGUAGAAUUUCUUGUUGAUAAGAAUAAACAUUUUUACUUUCUCGAAAUGAAUACUCGUCUACAAGUCGAACAUCCUAUUACUGAAUAUACUUGUGGUAUCGAUAUUGUACAUCAAAUGUUACGUGUAGCUAAAGGACAUAAACUAAAACAUACCCAAAAGGAUAUCGAAUUACGUGGUUGGGCAUUCGAAUCACGUGUUUAUGCGGAAAAUCCAUAUAAAAAUUUUGGUCUACCAUCAAUCGGUCGAUUAACACGUUAUCGUGAACCAACAUUCAUCGAUAAUGUUCGAUGUGAUAGUGGUGUAACCGAAGGAAGCGAUAUUAAUAUCUAUUAUGAUCCAUUAAUCUGUAAACUAAUAACAUAUGGAAAAGAUCGUAAUGAAGCAUUAGCAACAAUGGCCAAAUCAUUGGAUAAUUAUGUUAUACGUGGCUUAACGCACAAUAUUCCAUUAUUACGCGAUAUAAUUACUGAACCAAAUUUUGUUGAUGGUCAUAUUGAUACAAAAUAUUUACCACGAAUCUAUCCAGAUGGAUUCAAAGGUAAUCAUAUGAAUAGUGAAAGUAUAAAUUCAUUGGUAGCAAUUGCUGCAUCAAUGUUUCUACGAAAAUAUUAUCGUUCCAAACAUUAUGUUGAAAAUGAUACCAUUCCAUUGGAUGAAGAAUCAAUCAAAAAACAUACAUUAUAUGUUGAUCUAAGUGAAAAUCUGAAUAUUGCCGAUCAACAAGUAAUGAAAACAGAUAUUGAAUUUAAUGAAAAUUCUAAUCAAUUUAAAAUUAAUAUUGGCGAAGAAUUUAUCGCUGAACUUCCAUCAAACUUUUCACUUGCAUCAUUAACAUUGGAUUUUAAGAUUAAUGAAAAAAUUUACACUGUACAAUUGAUUUCCUUUGGUCACGAUGGAUAUUGCCAAAUUCAAUUUGAAGGAACAAUUUUCAACAUUCGAGUUUUGAAUGAAAAAUCCUAUAAAUAUUUGCAAAUGAUUCCACCUAAACCAAAGAUUGAUGCUAGUAAGAUUAUUAAAUCACCAAUGCCUGGUGUUGUUAAAUCGAUUGCCGUACAGAUUGAUGAUAUGGUAAAUGAAGGCCAAGAACUGUGUGUAAUCGAAGCAAUGAAAAUGCAAAACAGUAUGAUUGCUGAAUCAAGCGGUAAAGUUUGCAAAAUUAAUUGCAAAAUUGGUGACACUGUUGAAGGGGAACAAAUUUUAUUACAAUUGGAAUAGAAUCAGAGGGGCAACCAAAAAAAAAAAAAGAAGAUAUAAAAUGUUUUGCAUAAAAAUUUUUGAUUUUUUUUAAU